GAAAAGAAGCGAAAGCGUAACCAAACCCAGGGCAUUAUUUUGGGAGCAAAUUUUGACGGUGUUGCAGGGCGAGUGAUGGUUAGAUCGAAUUCAAAGCCUUUAGGAUUUGACACUUCUGACCCCUUCACAGCCUAUCAUGACCGCCUUGCACAGCGGACAGCCUUCAUUUUGACCAUUGCGUUACUUGCAGGUGCCUUUAUCAGUGUUGAGCAGCCUCGCAACAGCCGUCUGUAUCGGCUGCAUUGUUCCAAAGUGCUGUUGCAACUUGGCUGCGUGAUCAGCCACGUUGCAUUUUGCUGUUAUGGCAGUGCCUUUCACAAGCCUUCCAAGUGGCUUCACAAUAAGCCCUGGCUUUGUGAGCUUGAAAGUAAAGGUUCCUACAAUCAAAGCAAAGGUCAUUUCAAGAUUGAAGGUUCUUUUACCAAGUCCAGCGUUGAAGUUUUCAGAUCCAUGUGUAAGCCGUCAUGCGAAGCUGUGUAUGGUGUCUGCCCAAAACCAGGUGAUGCAGUUGCUGCCUUCUCUGCAGCGUAUCCUCGAGCCUUGGUUUCCAGAAUGGCCUCCGGCCUGUUGGCCGCCAAAAGUGGUCAGUUGCAUCCAGAAAGCAGUCUGUCAGAUUGCGCAAUUUUCGCGAAGUUGGUUUGUUGGAUUUUGAUUCAGUUUCGCUGCCAUCACCGGAAGAACCGUAUCCACCUCGUGAGUGGUUCGAAGCCCCUGGAUUUGAGUGUCGGGUUUGCUGACGUGACAGCUGAUCGCAUGAAACGGUGCUUGACAGCUUUUGAAGCUUGGAUAGAUCGAAAAUGGCAGAUCCAUGAGCCUGGUUCUUGUCGCUCUGUGAUCCCAGCUGUCGUGCUGAGAGCAGCUGUUUGCCUAGCUUGCCUGUGGAACUGGUCCUGUUGGGCUGCCUUAGUUUUACUGGGUUUUGGAGCGAUGCUGCAUCCUUCUGAGAUGAUGGCCUUGGAGCGCCGGGACCUUAUUUUUCCAAAAGAUGUUUGCUAUGAUUCCGCAAGCCUGUUUCUGCGUAUUCGUGAUCCCAAGACAGCCAGAUUUGCUCGCCGCCAGCAUGGGCGGAUUGAUGAUGAGGUUGUCAUUAGGGUGGCUUUCCAAGCUUUUGGUGGCCUGCCUCCUGCUGAGCGGCUGUUUCAUGGUUCGAUGCCUACUUUCAGACAGCAGUGGAACUGUAUCAUGCAACAUUCAGGGGUCCCGCCUCGCACUCCCAAUCUCUCCAUGGUGCUACUCCUGGCGUUUUGCGACGUAAAUUGGGUAGCCUGGCGCGGCCGUUGGAGCCGCGUUAGAACUUUAGAGUACUACUUGCAAGAGGUUGCUGCAUAUGUCCUCAUGCAUACUUUGUCUCCCCAAGCAAAGGAGCGCAUAGAUCUUCUUUUUAGAGCUGCCUGGAGUGUUUUGGUCUCCGCGUUUUCCUUGCAGAGCAGUGUGGAAGGAGCGGAAAGAUCUGGCUUUGAUUUUUGA